AUGGAUUCCGAAGACGACAUGCUCGAUGCCCACGAUAUGGAGUCGGGAGAUGAUGAUUACUACAGCGGCGGGACCGAUGAUUACAACGACAGCGAUGGCGAUGAACCCGAUUUUGGGUACGAUGAGGCAGACGUCGACGAUUCCGCGAUGAUCGCCUCGCUCCGGUCUCAGGUAAAUUAUGUUGUUCUCAAAGAAGAAGAUAUCCGCAGGCAUCAGAAGGAUGAUAUUGGACGAGUUUCCAUGGUCCUCUCCAUAAGCCAGGUCGAAGCAAUCAUUUUGCUUCUUCACUAUCACUGGAGUGUAAGUAAAGUUCAUGAUGAAUGGUUUGCGGAUGAGGAGAGAGUUCGGAGAACUGUUGGCAUAUUGGAGGGACCUGUUGUUACAGCACCUGAUGACGGAGAACUUGCAUGUGGAAUAUGCUUUGAAUCCUUUCUUUCUGAAGAACUUGAAUCAGUUGCUUGUGGUCAUCCUUUCUGCCCUACGUGCUGGACUGGAUAUAUCAGCACAACCAUCAAUGAUGGCCCAGGAUGCUUGAUGCUUAGAUGUCCCGAACCUUCUUGUGAUGCUGCUGUUGGUCAAGAUAUGUUCGAAAAAUUGGCUUCUCAGGAAGAUAAGGAGAAAUAUUAUAGAUAUUUUCUUAGGUCUUACGUUGAAGACAACAGAAAGAUGAAGUGGUGUCCUUCCCCUGGAUGUGAGCAUGCAAUUGAUUUGUCUGCCGGGACUGGGAGUUAUGAUGUUUCCUGCUUGUGUUCUCAUAGCUUUUGCUGGAAUUGCACUGAAGAGGCUCACCGUCCUGUGGAUUGUGACACAGUUGCACAAUGGAUACGCAAGAAUAGCGCUGAAUCUGAAAAUAUGAAUUGGAUACUUGCCAAUUCAAAGCCUUGUCCGAAGUGUAAGCGGCCAAUUGAAAAGAAUCAUGGCUGCAUGCAUAUGACAUGCACACCACCUUGUAAAUAUGAGUUUUGUUGGCUUUGCCUUAAUGCAUGGACAGAGCACGGUGAAAGAACUGGUGGUUUUUAUGCAUGCAACCGGUAUGAGGCGGCUAAGCAAGAAGGACUGUAUGAUGAGGCUGAGAAGAGGCGAGAGAUGGCCAAAAAUUCGCUAGAGAGAUACACUCAUUACUAUGAACGCUGGGCAAGCAAUCAAACGUCGAGGAAAAAAGCUAUUGAGGAGCUGCAGAAGAUGCGAUCAGAAAAGCUUGAGAAGCUUAGUGACAUAUACCGAACACCAGAGUCUCAGCUCAAGUUCAUCACAGAGGCGUGGCUUCAGAUCAUUGAAUGCAGACGUGUACUGAAAUGGACAUAUGCGUAUGGGUACUAUCUGCCUGAUCAUGAUAAGCGACAGUUUUUCGAGUAUUUGCAAGGGGAGGCUGAGUCAGGUUUGGAGAGGCUCCACAAAUGCGUAGAGAAGGAACUAGAGGUGUUUGAAGUUGCUGAAUGCCCUUCGGAAGACUUCAAUCAGUUCCGGACAAAGUUAAUUGGUUUGACCAGGAUAACGAAAACCUACUUUGAAAAUCUGGUGAAAGCUCUGGAGAAUGGUCUUGCUGAUGUGGAUUCGCAAGCGGCUAGCAGCAAAUCAACGACAAACGCUAAAUCUCCUGUCAAGGCAAAAGGCGGUGGGAAAGGUAAAGGAGGCUCCAAAAAUGGCGGAUCCAGCAGAAACCAAGAUGACAAGUGA